AUGGUACGUACAAAUUUUCUUUUCUUCCACUUCCUUUUCUUAUCGGUAUUCUUUCUCCUCCCUUCCUCUCCGGUGGUCGCCGUUGCUGCCUACUUCUACAUUGGUGGAAUAGCGGUGGGAUUAGCCAUACGCAUAUUCUCCAUCCUGUUCAAUCUAUCUAUCGCACAUCUUAUCUCCUUCCACCAACACCGGACCUCUUUCUGUUUAUCCGAUGCUCGAAUCAAUUUCAUGAAAUCAAUUUGUUCACUUAAAUUUCAAAACUUGAAUGAGGAGAAGGAGAACAUACAGUGUCAGGUUCAGCUGAUGGGAUUUUCAUUUCUGGUUACUCUCUUUCUACUGAUGAAUCAAGGCGGUCCAAAGGCCGGGCGAGCUUGGCCAUGGCACAGGGCAUCCAGAUGUCAAGGGGCAUCACUUUUCAUUGACUUCUUAUGGGUUAGUAUUAAUCUAGGCCCAAUUUCUGAUCCAGCUGCACCGUUGGUUGCAUUGUUGUUUGAGGAGCCUAGGCAUGUAAAUUUCAAGGAGAUACUAAAGUAGAGACUUUUCUGGAAGUUUAUGUGCAUAAAUGCAUUGUUGGAGUGACAAAUCUAGAGUAAUGACCAUUAUGUCCCUGGUUGAUGAUGAUGUCAAAUUGGUAAAGGUUGAUGGUGUAAACCAUUGGAUUUGGUUAAUUUUGCUCACAAACAAGAAAAAGUUGUUUUCACAUAUAUCAAAUCUAAAGUGUGCAUAUUUUGCUGGAUGAUUAUCUAACAUGAAGACAACACACAAAAGAUUCAGACAUCAACCAUGAUAUUUUAUACUAAUCUUGG